AUGGACCAGUCCCCCACCGCCCUCUUUGACUCGUACGAGUCUGACUUCAAGCAGAUCAUCGCGAGCAUCCGGGAGAAGCUCGAUGGCGAUGCGAAGGGCGAGCAGACUGGUGCCACAGAGCAGCGAAAGGCGGCGUUGCGCCGGGUAGAGAUGGAGCUGGACGAGGCAGACGAGAUGGUCUCGCAAAUGGAGAUCGAAAUCCAGGGCAUCCCGCAGUCGAUCCGCGCGUCCUACCAGUCGCGCAUCAAGGCCGCCAAGGCCGACCUCGCGCGGUACAAGAAGCUCUCCAAGGACCUGCACGCCUCCACCGCCCGCGCGGACCUCCUCGCGCGGUCCCCCGCGUUCGGCACGGGCUCCGACCCGAGCAUCGCGGACGACCCGUACGGCGACCGCAGCGACCGCACCCGCCUGCUCGCGGGCACCGCCCUCCUCGAGGACGGCAGCCGGCGCCUGCAGGAGAGCCAGCGGAUCGCGCUGGAGACGGAGGAGCAGGGCACGGACAUCCUCAGGAGUCUCCGCGUGCAGCGGGAGCAAAUCGAGAAUUCGCGGGAUACGCUCCAACGCGCGGACACGUCGAUCGACCGUGCCUCUGGUACGCUCAAGAAGAUGAUCAGGAGGAUGUACCAACAACGCGUCGUGACGGGCGCUAUCAUCCUCGUUCUCGUCUUGCUGAUCCUCAUUAUCCUCUGGGCCAAGCUCUUCCACUGA